AUGCUCGGCCUUGUUAAUUUUCCCGAAGACGAGCCAGACACAGUGCGCAAAGACGCCCUGGCGGAGAUAAUGGGAGGCAAGAGCAAGUCGUGGCGAGGAGCAGAGAGCGUUUUCUUCUCCCACCAUCAUCUGCCACCCGGUGACUGUUAUCGGGGUCCCCAAGGUUUCCCGUGGCCAUACGCGUCGCGCUCAGGCAUGGCGACUGUAGCGUCACUUCCUCCGGAGCUCACAACCAGCGUGUUCCUCUUCCUCGCUGCCACGCACUCCCCCGAGUUCUACACAUACGUGAGAAAGGCGAAUAAACACGGGAUUCCAAUCCUGGUACCUAUUCGUCGAGAAGGCGCUGCUCGCAAUGGAUGGCUCAACGUUACAUUCGUCUGCAGGGCAUGGAGAGAGAUCGCAAUCAACUGCUCAGCAAUGUGGACCGACUUGAACGGCACUCUGGGGCCUUCGUGGCUCAAAUGCUUCAUCGAACGGAGCAAGGACGCCAGCGUAUCUGUCCGAGACUUUCACGAACUCGCCGAGAGCGAGCGCUCCAAGCCCCUACUCGACGAUGUUCUCCCGCGCGUCAUACAUCGUACGCGUAUCUUGGAGAUUGGGCACUACCCAUCGCCGACAAUAUAUGUAUCUCUGGCGCAACGCGCACCGUACCUCGAGGACCUCUCGCUCACUUCUAUACGUUUUCACCUUCUCGGACAUGACGACGGAGAGGUCCAUGAGCGCGAGCUCUUUGCGGCCGAUGCUCCUCUAUUACGCCGCUUCCGUCUGGCGAGCUGCACAAGCAUACCCUGGAGCUCUGUCUGUCUUCGUAACCUCCGAUCUUUGUGCCUCGAAGGCGAAAGAGAACAUUCCCUGGACUUAUUCGAUUGCCUUGAUGCUAUCCGCGGCAUGCACAACCUCACACAGUUAUUCCUAUACUGUCAAUGGCACUACAUCGACACGACUUUACCACCUCCCGAUGCCUUAGCUCUUCCGAGCCUCGUGGAUCUGCGGUUUCGCGGUCGAGCUGUGGACAUCGUCUCUGCAUAUGUCCACCUUCGUCUCCAAAAUGGAACGCGACUGGAGAUGCAUUGCACCGAGUUCCGGGCCGAUUACUUUGCGCCGCUCAUAGCCAUCCUUACGAGCCACCCAACGCCUAUAGCAUUCGACGUGUACGACAAGCUGGCGGUUCAAGCUCGAUUCCUACCUCCCGAACACCCAUGGUUCAGCAGGAUCCCGACCGAGAAAGAGCUUGAAAUCUAUGUUUCUUCCGGCAACGGACACGGUGCAGAGACAGAGCAUCAGGCGCCGCUAUCACUGAAGCUUCGCUGGGAGUCUGAAGGCGAUGUCUCAUUCGCGACCUUUGUCCACAACCUCUGUCAGCCGUCGAUGACAUCAAUCACAUCUCUCCGUGUCGGCGGGGAUCUAUGGAGGCCAUCUACUUUUACUCGCUCAUUCCGAAGCUUACAGCGAGUGGAUCAUCUCCAUAUACGUCUUGAACAAGAGACACGAUACACCAGCCUCACGGCGCCGAUGCUGGCACUGCAGCGCCGAAUUCCGUCGAAGGCCAUGCUCCUCACCGAUCCAAUGCUUCUUCCGGCGUUGAAGGACAUACGCUACACCUCCGAGUCCUUUGGUGUAAUGCUACCCGAAUACACCGCUUCCGAUUACUCCCAGCCCGCGAAACUGCAAGAGAUUAUCUGCGAGCUUGUGGAGGCCCGUGAAGCAUUGGGAGCGCCCUUGCGAUCUCUCCGUAUGAGCGCGUCCAUGUUCAAGGCAGACCCACUUGCCGAAACGAUGGUCAUCGAUACUCGACUCAUUGGUAUAUUGUCUUUUGUGUAA